UAUUAUUAAUUUCUCCUUUGCUCUCGUGGAAAAUCCUUUCCUUUAGCGAAUAUCGCAUUUGCUGUGGCCCUGUCAAAGAGUAGAUAAAUAUGGCCUUAUAUCUGCAAAUGUUAAUCUGUGUAUCAGUUGCCCGCAAUUACAAAAUAAAAUAAAUCGUCGAGUCACAAAAGGAAUACCGAACACAAAUGUGUAAACGCACCAUAAAUGUCAGAUCCAAGUGUUUCUAUUUAUAAUUUUCAUUGGUUUUCGUUCUCCAAUUUCCAAUUUCCACACAAACGUCAACUUGUCAGAAGCAGUAGAUCAAAAUAUGUAAUCUAUUUUUUAACCACUUUUGACAUUGCGAUAAAGAAAAAUGUACAAAAUUAGAUUAAAACUUGAUUUUAAUUUUGAAUUGCUUGUUAUGGUUUAAAGUGUAUCUUUAUUCUAUACAAUUCACUUGACUACUCUCUCAUGUUAUAAUAAGUAGUGUUUUAAUCAACUUAUCUUAAUAUAUAAUUAACAUAGGCAUAAGAAGUCAUUUGUUCCCUGUGAUAACAUUUUAUUCGAACGAAAUAUGUUUUAAAUAUAUUACUAGAAGCGAUGUUCAAAAUGGAACCAGAUUCAACAACGUAUGAUAUUUCAAAUUCAUCAAAAGAUGUUUCUUUUCCAUUUUGUGUGGGACAGUGCAAUCUUUCACUAUACAAACAUUUUGUCAGUGGUGAAAAGAAUACAGAGAUACAAUUAAUUGAGCGGUUACAAACAUUUGGCUUACUUCCCAAAACCAUACUAUGCCUGGAAAACAAACCAACGUGUAAAGUGAUGUGUAAAUCUGCAAGAGUAGUGGACAGAGUGCAAUGGAUAUGCGAGGGAUGCAAAAGGAAGCAACCAAUCAGAAUAGGGUCCUUCUUCUACAGGCUUCAAUGUACUAUGGUACAGGCUCUGCAGAUGAUACUAGCUUGGUGUGAAGAUGCAGAUGUGCAUGUGGCUGCUGAGUUUUUUGAUGUAAAACCGCGAGUAGCAGUAGCUAUCUACGACAAGUUAGAUGAGCUUACAGCAUCCGAGCUAAGUAAUACCAAGCUUGGCGGCGAAGAUGCUGUGGUAUUGUCGGAAAUGUACCCAGAUUGCUUGAAUAGAUUGUCUCCCGAUACCACUGACCAGCCACAUGUACACCAGAUAUUAAUGAUGGCAGAUACUAAGCAUAUUCCAACUCACUACAGAUUUCAUGUUAUGAAGAAUCACUUGAAGAAAGUAUCAAAUAGUUGUAAUGAAGAGUCUCUGCAAGAAGAAGUAGAAAAUACACUAUCCAGUGUGACACAUGGUAACUCACUGGUAGUCAGCGGAAAUAAUAUACCAAUAGUCGACGGUACGGCGUCUAUUGCGCAGUUGGUGCAACAUUGCGAUGUGGAGAUGCAGCAUUUUUUGAGCAAUCGCAUAUGGAGUCAAGCGAUUACUCUGUGCAAUGCCUCCCGUGACCUCUGCAGUGGAGGCCCUUCAUUACUCUGUGCUUCUACCGUUCAGAGAUAUUUGGAUACUUCUUUAUACCGACUGCGAUAUGGCGAUGGUUUCUAUGAACACAUGUUGAAAAUCAUAGCAAACAAAUUCACGGACAAGUAUGAGAUUUGUAAAGAAGAGUGAAGAGUUUAAAGAAAAGCGAGUGAAAUAGUCCAAUAUGAACCCUAAUAUUUAUGGGGUAAGGUUGAUAAUAUAUGUAUGUGACUAAACCAACAAUGAUAGACCUUCAUAGAUUAAAUUAGUUUAGAUGAAAUAGUUAAGUCUAUACAUCAAAAAGUUUUUUUGAAUAUACAGUGUUUGUCUCUCGAUAACUCAAAUGCCGUAUCUUGUGGAAGUUUAAAACAAAAAGAAAUUUUAUAACCAGUAAUUGAAACAAAAUAUUUUAAGAUUAGAAUAAUUAAGUUGUUUUUUUACAUAGUU